CUUCUGUCAAGAAUCAAUCAUAAGAAGUUGGUGUCCUUUCUUGGUUACUGUAAUGAAUCCAGAGAUCUCAUGCUUGUGUACGAGUAUAUGUCUGGAGGCUCCCUCAGUGAUAACCUUUACGAUCCAGAGGCACCAAAAUAUUCCCAGCUCGAUUGGAAAACCAGGCUUAAAAUAGCUUUGGAUGCGGCACAAGGGCUGGAAUAUCUGCACGUAGGUUGCACUCCAAAAAUAAUUCACAGGGAUGUCAAGACCUCCAACAUUCUGCUAGACAGUAAUUUAAAUGGCAAACUGGCUGAUUUCGGUCUUUCAAGAGUGACUGGGAAUGGGGAAACUUCUCAAAUCAAUACAACUAUAAAAGGAACUCCUGGAUAUUUAGAUCCAAUGUAUUAUAAAACUCACAUGUUGACGGAUAAGAGUGACGUGUAUAGCUUUGGAGUCGUUUUGUUGGAGCUUAUAUGUGGCCGGAAACCCAUAGACUUAAAAGUUUCCGCGGAGAAAAUAUUCUUGACUGAAUGGGUUGCAUCAAUAUAUGAUGGAGUAGAUAAAGAUGACGCCUGCAAUAUUGAAGAAAUAGUUGACAAAAGGUUGGGUAAGCGUUACAAUAUGGAAUCUAUCAUUCGUUUAACCAAUCUAGGCAGGAGAUGCAUUGCAAGUGAGCCAUCUGGUAGACCUGCCAUUAGUGAGGUUGUGGCGGAGAUCAAAGAAUCUGUCAAAUAUGCGGAAGAGUAUUAUCAAGUCCCAGAUGAAGUCUCGCUUACUUUCACUAGUACUUCUUCCGCUUCCUUAUAACUGGUUUCAAAGGGAGGGGUAGUUUAUAAUAGUGUACAAGGAAGAAGGAAGUAUUCUGAGUUCAAUGUGGUGUUGAAAAUUGUAACAUUAUAUUUCUUCCAAUUUGAAAUGACAGAUUUCAAAA